AUGGCGGCGCGGCGGGCCUCCGAGGCGGCGGCGGGCGACCACUCAAAGCGGUGGAGGCGGUUGCCCUCCAGGGCUCCAGGCGGGAGGCUCCAGUUGCCGAGGGAGGCGGCAGCAGGGGUCGCUGGGGGCAGGGAAGGCGGUUGCGGGGUCGCCGGGGGCAGGGAAGGUGGCUGCGGGGUCGUCGGGGGCGGGGAAGGCGGCUGCGGGGUCGCCGGGGGCGGGCAAGGCGGCGGUCGCGGUCGCCGGGGCGGGGAAGGCGGCUGUAGGGGCCGCCGGGGCCAGGGAAGGCACUGGCAGAGGUCGCCGGGGAAGGCUCCAGUGCCGUGCGGGGAGCGUCGUGCGGGAAUCUGGGGCUGGGGCGGGAUCUUGGCCGAUGAGGAGUCGGGGUGGCGCCGGAAUCCUAGACGGCGGUGGGACUGGAGGCAGGUCGGGGGAGAGGUGGUCCUAAGGAGGCGAGGCCUAUACUUCUCCGACCGUAUUCGUCUAACCGGCAGAAGGAUGGCAGCGGUGAAGGUCUGGGAGGGCCGACGCGAUGGAGGUUGGGCAAGCCCAACGCAGGGCCACGCGGGAGAAAAUAAGAGAUACAGAGAAACAAAGAGGAAGACCGGCAACAGGGAUUUCGUGGACGAACGGCGAAUGCUGUGGCCGCAGACCCUGAAGACACGCGCGUACUCCACUUCAAGCAAAUAUUUCUGA